CUUAUACGCCGCAACCAUCAUGAAUAUGGUCCGUUGUGUUCUGAAAGAAAAAGAGUGCCGAAACCUUACUGGGCUGAAGCUGCUAAUUGGGUGGCACAUGUUCUCAAUAUCAGCGAUAAAAGAAAAGACACCAGAAGAUGAUACAUUGUGGAACAGAAGAGCAGCUUGCGGACAUCAUGACAAAGCCACUUAAACUGGGAGUUUGUGAUGAGUUAAACUGGGAGUUUGUAAAUACAAUCAGUUUAGGAGAGGCAUUGUUGGGUUAGACUUGGUCGCGUUUUGUUAGCAAGUAGUUAAAUAAACUCCUAUCUUUCAGGAGAUAGUUAGUACUGUAUUGGGUUAGAUUUUCACUUUCUGUAGUUAUCUUUGUAAGGCUAUUUAUAAUCCAGAGCUUGAAUAUUUCUCUGCAUACUAUAGUUUCAGUUUUAACAGAGAUAUGAUGGUGAUGAUGAUGAAAUUUUUGAUAUCAAAUUCUCGAUUCCUACCACAUUCUGCUGCUUCACUUCAUACAUCCUUUUGUUUUUCUGCAGUUUCUCACUUCUCCACUAAACCAAACCCUAAUAUUUCCCUUAAAUCCAAACCCCAAUUCCCUUAUUCUUCUAAUCCAGCUCAUGCUCGUCUUCAACAUUUACUCCUUGACAAGUCCAAGGUUGGUUUCGAUAAACUCGAUGAUGCUCUUCGAGUGUUUAAUAAAAUGCUCCUUAUGAAACCUCUGCUUCCUGUUAUCAACUUCGCUCAACUACUAGCUGCCCUUGUUAAAAUGAAAGAGUACUCUGUAGCUGUCUCCCUUUUUAGGAAGAUGCGUGUAGAAAGCAUCCCUGUUAGUGUAAUUACCAUUAAUACUGUCAUUAACUGUUUCUGUCACUUGAAUCGUGUCGAUUUUGCCUUUUCACUAUUGGCUGGAAUCAUCAAGCACGGUUUUGUCCCUGAUGUGGUUACUUAUAACACUCUCAUCAGGGGCCUUAUUUCCCAAGAUAUGCUUCAAGAGGCUCAGCUUUUGUUCCAGAACCUCAUCAGAUUUCAACUUAUUCAACCCAAUGUUGUAACCUAUAACACAAUCAUCGACGGCAUCUGCAAGAGAGGGAAUCCUUCGGUGGCUGUUAAGUUGUUCAAAAUUAUGGAGAAGAAAGGUUGCAAGCCUAAUACUGUAACUUACACAACAAUUAUUGACUGUUUGUGUAAGCAUAGAUUAGUUGAUCAAGCAUUGGGUCUUCUCCACCAAAUGACAAAGAAAGGCGUAUCCCCAAAUGUUAUAACCUACAGCUCAUUAAUUCAAGGGUUGUGUGACGUUAAUCGAUGGCAUGAUAUCCGUCAAUUGCGUAAGGAGAUGGAUGAUAGGAACAUCUCUCCAAAUCUUUAUACUUUCAACAUAUUGGUUGAUGCAUAUGGCAAAGAAGGACUGAUUGAAGAUGCAGAGGAUGUGAUAAAGUUGAUGAUUCAAAGAGGAGUAUAUCCUGAUGUAGUCACUUACAGUUCACUCAUGGAUGGAUACUGCUUGCGGGGAGAGGUUGAUAAAGCUCUAGCAGUGUUCGAAAGCAUGAAGAGAAAGGGAAUAUUGCCUAAUAAUUUUAGCUAUAAUAUCCUCAUCAACGGUUAUUGUAAAAAGUGGAAAGUGGACAGAGCCGUAGAUCUUUUUCAACAAAUGCCCGAUGAUGGUUUAACCCCAACUACUGAGACUUACAAUACUAUACUGCAAGGUUUUUUUCAUGUGGGUAGACAUGUUGAAGCACGGAAAUUUUUUAUGGAAAAGAUAAUUAACCAAGGUGUUGAGUUGAAUGAAGUGACAUGCCGUAUUUUGUUGCAUGGUCUUUGCCAGAAUAGUUAUGUUGUUGAAGCACUAUCCUUUUUUCAAAUACUGGAAUCCAAGGGGUUAGUUCCUGAUAUACAUGUUUACACUAUUCUGAUUGAUGGACUAAGCAAAAUUGGACAUCUUGAGAAAGCAAGAAGCCUUUUUGACAACCUGCCUUUGAAAGGUUUGCGGCCUGACGUCAAGACAUACACAAUGAUGAUCCAAGCAUAUUCUCAUGAAGGGUUAUUUGAGGAAGCAAAUGACCUCUUCUGGGUAAUGGAAGCAAAUGAUUGCUCGCCGGAUAAUGUGACCUACAAUACACUUAUGCAUGGUUAUUUACACAGUAAGAAGUACUAUGAAGCAGGUGUACUCCUGGAUGAAAUGCGUACUCGCGGCUUUAAAGCAGAUGCAUCUACCGCGUCUGCUUUACUGGAUUUACUUGAAGUGCAAGAACAGGAUCCCGCUCUCCUUGCUUUGCGCAAGAAGUACUUGCCGUAGGUGUAACAAAAGGAGAGUGGUAAGAUACAUAAUCUUAUCUAUUUUGCCAACAUUUUCCAAGGGUUUGAUAACCAAAUUUGCAGGCAAUAACAGUCGUGAUAAUGGCAUGUAGUAUAGAUAGAGGCUCUGCUACUACACUGUCAGAUGUCAUUGUUGUAUACUUUGUUGUUCUUCUCCUAUCCAGUAGUUUAUUUUUUCAACGUACUGCAGUUACAAGUUGUUGGGGAGUAUAGUGAUUAGUGAAGCAAGUGUACUCAUAGAAAUGAUGUGUGCUCAGGGUUUCUCAGCCGAUGCAUUUACAACAUCCUUGUUCCUGGGAUUACUUGAAUCAAAAGAACAGGAUCCUGCUCUGCUUGCUUUGUGUAAGAAGUUCUCGAAAUAAAAUUUGUAUAUUCCAGUCCGGAUUGUAAUGGCUCAAUGACGCGCUUC